GGGAGCAGAGGGUGGGAGUGAGGAGCACGCAGAUGAACAGAUGAACCCAGCCACGGGGCGAGGACACUAAAGGUAGGGAUAUUGUGAGUUGAGCUGUUUGAGAUCUCCUUUGGAAAGAGGUGGGGGGCAGGUGGUCUUGGUUAUGAGCAUGCGCCUGGAAUUAGCCCCUCCUCCAUCCGUGGCCCCUCUGCAGCCACUGACCAGCUAUAGGCUUUGGGCCGGGCACAGAGCCCCUUUAAGUUCCAGUUUCCUCAUCUCUAGUUCUUAGGGUUAAAUGACAAGGUGUCUCCUAAAGCUGCAUGAUGUUUACCACGGUCAGUCGCUCGUUUUCCACGGUGUAGAAGCCCCUGUUAUGUGCCCAGCACUAUUGCAUGUGCUGCAAAUACUGCAGGGGAAAAAAAAAUAACAGUGGCUCAUAGACCCCUGGAGGGAUAGGAGCAAACAAUACUUUCUUUAGUCUGUUAGGUGGUGGCAAGUCAUGGAGAAAAACCACGAAGGGUAAAGAGAGGACAGAGUGGAGAGGGUGCUAAAGUCUGGGAGAACAGUCAUGGAAGGGCUCACUGCUGCGUUUGAGGCAGGCCUUGAAGGAGAGAGGGAGAGACAGUUCUAGGCAGCGGGGACAGCAAGUGCAAAGGCCCUGGGGCAGCAACAUGCACAGCAUUUUUGAAGGACAGCAAGGAGGCUGGUGUGUUUGGAGCAGAGAGAGCAAGGGGGUCUAGGGGUGAGGUCGAUAAGGUAACUGAGGGCCAGAUGAUGCAGGACAGGGAUCAGAAAACUUCCGUAAAGGCCUAAGAGUAAAUGCUUUAGGCUUUGAGGCCCAUAAGGUCUCUGUUGCAACUACUCUGCCAUUGUAUCAAGAAAGCAGCCAGAGACAAGCCAUUAAACCACUACAUGUGGCUGUGUUCCAAGACAACUUUACUUACGUAACAGGCACCCUGCUGUGGGGCCUUGAAGGCAAGAGCUCAGCAAAGGAGGAACCAGCAGAGUGACUCCCUUUGCGUUUGGUUCGAUACCCAGGGGGAGCAUCCUGGAGUCAGGGAAGCAAGGGGUCCCAGGAAGAUGAGACCUAUCCGAUCAAACAGGCCAGACCGCUGGCCUUAGUGUGGACCAAGGACGCCUCCACCUUGGCUUUGCCCUCGAGUCCAUGGAGCUGAGACACUACGCCAGCCGCAAGGAGAAUGUGCCCCCCAGGCCUGCGACGCCCCUGAGGCCAGGCAAGAGGCUUGAGCGACGGAGAUUUCCGAAGAGCAGAGGUGUUGGCCGGGGCAGCAGACAUGGCCGGUGGGUGCGCGAGUGCCCAGCUGAGAGGGAAGGGCCUGCCACCAUACGCUCCCCGGGGGCAGAGCGGCACCAGGAGCCCUGCCGGGUCCAGACCAACCUGGACGGCCCGAGCCUCGUCCUGAAGGAUACAGCUGGCCGGCUGGUGAACUCAGGCUUGCAACAGCAGAGCAACCUGCAGACCCCGGCCGGCAGGCCCCAGGGGAGAGCCCGAGCACUUGUCGUCCAGCAGAGUAACCUGAGCAUAAGGGGGACCAGCUUGGCCGAAGGCAGGAGUCACCUCAGCCCCCGCCUCCGGUCAGAGCUUCAGGGCAGCUUCUGGCCCCACCCGAUACCCCAGGGAAGCCCUCUAUCCCGAGCGUCGCUGGCUAACCCGCCCUCCAGCCUGAGACAGUCCCGGUGGCUGGGCACAGACACCCCCUGCCCAGACGUCCAGCCCGCUGCAGGCUUCGCCUCUCUCAGUGGGCACACACUUCCAGGCUCCGGACCCUGGUGUGUCCUGGGGAACUGGCCCCCUAGGCUCAUGGGGGAGCCCCUCACCCUGGAGGACCUGACUGUCCCGGUCCAGAGCCAGGCUCGGGCCCCAUCCCAGACUGCCUUGCACCAGCUGCUGGCCUCUGUGCGACACCUGGAGCACGAGGUCGCCUGUCUCGGGUGCCGGGCCUCCCAGGAACCCCCAGGCCCUGCUCACCGGGACCCCGGGACCAGCAGUGGCCGGGCCCUCCCUGCCCACCGCCAGCCCGGCCAGCCUGUUCUUGCAUCCUGGGAGGGGAGGGAGAAACCCGUGCGAGGCCUCAGGGAAACUGCGGAUUUCCCAGGGACACAGGGGGCCCAGGCUGGCCUCUCGGACGGUCGGGCAAGCAGUAAGCCUGCGUCACCGGAGGCCACGCUGAGGAUGCCGAUGGGGGACCUCCUCGGCCCUAAGCAGGGGGCCCUUCUGGCCAACCCCGCGAGGCAAGGAGAGAACUUCUCCCCGGGGCCUACAUAUGGCAGCAGGCCGAAGAAGGACCCCCGGCUCCCUCCAGGGGUGGGUAACAGGGAAGCCAGACCGUGCUCUGCAGCGUGCUGCAGUGCUGCCCGGGGCGGCCCACCUGGGCAGGAAGGAAGGGAGGUGGCCCUGCAGGAGAGGACAGCUUCCUGCCCACCAGAUGCAGCCCCAGCAAGGAGCGCCCUGCAGAACAAAGCCCGAAACGUUGGGAGCCUGGAGUCCGGGACGGCCCGAUGUUUCAGAGCCUGGUGGCAUCGGGUGCGGAAGCGGCGGGCCGUGGCCGCGGCGGUGGCCCUGGGCCGCCGGCGGCUGUUGCGCAGGGGCCUGCGGGCGCUUCGGUGGGCACUGCGGCUCCGGGAGGCCCAGCUGGAGGUGGCAUGGAAGCGACACACUCAGGCCCUGCUGGCCCAGAGCUUCCGAAAGUGGAGAAACCAGGCUCUGCAGCAGAAGCAAGGGCAGCCCCGCAUCCAGGCUGGGCCGGGACCCCCACCGUCUGGGACGGGCCAAGGCCAGAGCCCCUCAGGAAGGGAGCCAGUGGCAGACCCUGCCUGGAGAAGCAGUCCAGGGAGUCAGAGGGAGGAGGCGGGAGCCUGGCCGAGACCAGAUGGAGGCGAUGGAGAAGUACAGAUGCUUCAGGCCUUGCAGCAACUGGCUGGCUUCCUCUUAUGGUGCCAUCAGAAGCAAUGGGCCAGGCAGGAGAGGAGGGUCCAGGGAGAGGCCUCCCGGGCCACGCUGAGGACUCAGAGGAAGGGGAGACCCCCCCAGGCCUGGUGCUCUCAUGCUGCAGAUGCACCCAAGAUGGCCUCGCUGGACACCCAGCAGCAGAGAGCCUGGCUCGGCAGGUGCUUUGGGGCCUGGCAGCAAUUUGUGCAAAGAGGGGCCCGGUACCGGGACCGCCUGGCUCACCGUCGGGCCAGGACCCUGAGGAUAUGUCUGCAGCAGUGGGUGCGAAUGAAGCAGCUCCAGGCUUCAGAUGGAGCGAAGGUGACCCAGCUGUCCCUCUGCCGGCAGAAGGCAGGGAACAUGGCCCUCUGCAGCUCAGCCCCUGGCGUGGCCACAGCCCAAGGCCUGGGGACGAUGGCCCAGGUGCAAGGUGGCAGCUCCCUGCAGGAAGCCUGCCGGAGACUGGCCCUCCGCCGGGCGCUGCUGCUCUGGAGGACGCGGCUCUCCCAGCGUCGGAAGGCUGACUCCUUCCUCCAGGGCAUGCGGCAGCAGAUGAUUCGGCGUAUCCUGAAAGGCUGGUGCCUGAGGGCCUGGGGUCCAGGCACCCCAUCAGACAGUGCCAGGACCACCUUGGCCCCGGAGCUCCUGGGCAGCAUCCCGGCGGGGGAGGCCUUGCUGGGCUGCAGCACACCCCGAAGCUCACUAGAGAAGGUUUCCAGGGCCCCCACCCUCCUGGAGACGCUCCGGCUGAGCUUUGUGUGGGCAGCUGGGCGGCAGCAGAAGAGGCGGUGCCUUCUGCUCUGGCAGGUGCGGGCACAGCAGUCCCGGAGGGCAGCGAGGUGGCACCGAUGUACUCUUCGGAGGCGCAUCCUUCUCGGCUGGAACCACUGGGCAACAGCCCAAGGGGCCCAGAGAGAGCUGGCUGUUGGCUGGGCCUGGGAUCGGAGCUGCAGGGCCGCGCUGGGCUUGUGGCGGCGGCGGCUGGCGCAGAGGCUGCAGGCAGAGCGGUGCGUUCGGGCCCGGGGUCGCACACUGGUCCGGGGCGCCCUGCACCGCUGGCACGGCUGCUGGCAGAGGCGGCAGCUCCUGCGCGAAAAGUACCAGCAGUGGGUGCAGGUCCAACUCCAGGGCCUGAGGAGGUCCGUGUUCCAGGACUGGCGACGGGCAGCAGCUCAUCGGAGACGCACAGCGGCCCGGCCAGAGCAGCCCCUACUGCAGAGCCAUUUCCAGGCCCCGUGUGGAGUUGUGAGAGACACAGGGGUGUUCCCAGCCACCAGAGCCUUCCGGGAUAGCCUGAGAAGGGCCCUGGGGACCACAUUUUCCAUGUGGCGGGAAGCCGGAGCAGCCAAAGCCUGGGCCCCCGUGACCCACCGGAGAAGCCGUGCACGGGGGGGCCCGACGGACCGGCAGCUGAGGAGGGUCCUAGAGGCCUGGGCCCAGGCAGCAGCCAGGGGCCGUGUCCAGGGAGCCGCCAUCACCCAGUUCCGGCAGGCUGCGUCCAGACGCCUCCUGUGGACCUGCUGGGCCCAGUGGCGGGCAGUGCUGCUCAGUGGGCAAUUGGAACCACCGGAGGCAGAGGCCCAGGAGGCCUGCCCGGUUGACCGCAGGCAGCGGCCCGGGGUGGCCAGCAGAGGGCGCCUCCUAGCACUGAUGGACACUCCAGCCCCGUGGAAGCAGACCCACCGCUGCAGGACGCGGCCCAGCCCAACGCGGCACCACGGCCGCGGUGGACCGAAGGAGCAGAGAGAAAUGUCCUGGGCUCAGAGUGACAGAGAGCCUCCCCUCUGCCGUGCCUUCCAGGUCCAGCUGCAGUGGCCUGGACGCACCGGCCAGGCCCAGGGCCCGCCGCGCGGAAAACCAGGAGGGGACUGCGGCUCUGAGGCCAGUGUCCUCAAAGGCCAAGGCGUGCCCGCUGAGAGGCAGCUAGGGAGGAGAUACCUGCAGCGCUGGCACCUUGAGGCCUUGCUUCGCCGGCUCCAGGGCUCCCAGCAGGCCAGGUGCCUGGCGGCAACAUGGCAGCACUGGCUGGACGCUCAGGAAGAGGAGCAGCUGGCACGGACGCUGCUCAGGCAGUGGCACCUGAAGCGGGCCUGGCGCGUGUGGCGGCGGCGAGUCCUGCGGCUGCGGGCGGCUCGGCGAUUGCAGCAACAGGAAGGCGGCCGGGUCCUUUCCCAGGCCUUUGAGAAGUGGUGCCAACAGCUGGCAGCCAGGGGCCGGAAGAGAGGAGCCACCAGCAGCCCGGUACCCUCGGAGCAAGGCGGGCAUCGGGAGCCCUGGGAGCAGGCUGGAAGCUGCUGGGGUGGACGUGGGCGGGGCAAGUGGCCCAGCUGCAGCUGUGACUUGUUCCCAUGGAAAGAAAAACAGAACUGUGCCCAGCCUUCGUAAGGAAGGAACCACGUCCCACCCAUCCGGGGAGUGCAGGCUCAAGCCACCAGGCACUCAUCCCACAGCCUGGGGACAGAGCUCUGAGGGACAAUAAAACACCCUCCUUGGCCCUA